CUCAGUUACUAGUCACCUGUCGCCGCGUUCGGACUUGAAUUCAUUUCGCGCUGCAAAAGAAAUCGCUUAUCGAUUCAGUUAUCCAUUCUUAGUGAAAAGAUAUGUAUUAUGAAAUGUGAUACUGAUUCUAAGGUUAAAAGACAAAUUAUUCUAGUAAAGUGUGCUCAAAGUUCACUGCGACAAACCGCACAGACUUGUGUAACACUUCUGUAGAAUCGUGUAAACCAUAGAAAAACGCUGAGACGAAGUUAAACUAUCGAUUGGAAGGCUGAUUGCAUAGUGUACAACGUGGUAUCUAGUCAAUCUACCAAGUCCCCAAUUAGUGAGCUGUAUUCUCGUAAUUGCAACGACGCACAAUGUCAAACGGUAAUGUGGAAAGUGAAGAUGAGACUUUAAAUGUUUACUAGUGAAAGUGGUUUCAAACACAAUUUGCGAAGCACAACAGUAGGACAUAUACAAUUUAAAUAAAAGGAUAACCACCGAAUUGACUAACCGAUAAGCCAUGAGUGCUACCGGAACAGAGAACAUGGAGGGUGCUGAGUCCACCCAUAAUACGAAAAUAUCCGACUCUGGCUAUUCGAACAGCUGCAGUAACAGCCAGUCACAACGGAGUGGCAGUUCCAAAUCCCAACACAGUGGUAGUAAUUCAUCCGGCAGCAGCGGCUAUGGCGGCAAAAGCAACAGUCAGCCAUCCACAGCCGGAAGUACCUUCCACCCACCAGGCAAACAUGCCAAGGAAAAAGACCGCAAAAAGAAGGACAAGGAAGCGAAAACUUUAAUCGAUACCUCCGGCUCUGUGACCGGUGCAACCGGCGGAGAAGAUUCUACAGAUGGAAAAGCAACUAUCGCAACUAGUGAACAGGUUGUUGCAACAAAUUCGUCGAGUGUUUCCUCUCGACAUGAACAAGAGUCGACGAUAACUAGCCAGGUCGAGGAAGCCGGUGAACCAUCGACCAUUCCCUGCGUCGAAGAACCACUUCUAAAGGAGGAAAGCCAAGCAUCGCAUGACUCGGUUCACCGCCCGGAUGUCAUAGCUAAAUCGCCCGCCUUCCUUCCUGGCCCUUCACCAGCACCAGUCACCGUAACAGAAGAACAUCCCGAAACCGAGUCCGAAGAUCUAGAAGCCAUCCACGCGCAGUCAGCUGGAACAGCGACUCCCGGGGUAGCCAAAGUGGACCUAGAGGAUGGUUUCUGCUGCGUCAUAUCCAUGCAUGACGGAGUGGUUCUAUUUACCACACCCAGCAUCACUCAUUGUUUGGGUUUUCCGAAAGACAUGUGGAUCGGACGAUCGUUCAUUGAUUUUGUUCAUCCCAAAGACCGAGCCACAUUUGCUAGCCAGAUCACGUCAAAGGUGGUCGUUCCACUGGGUGAAAGCAGAAGCGAUGUUAACCAGAAAGAUCAGAAAAACUUCCUCUACGUGAUGUUGAGAAAGUAUCGAGGACUGCGAUCCGCAGGAUUCGGAGUCACUAGUUCAUCCGUCAGUUAUGAACCGUACAGAUUGGUGCUAUCAUUCCGCGAGGCGCCGCUGGAAAAUGGCGAAUUCGAAACGAACAGCGUUCGAACCAUUCUGUUGAUAGUUUCCGCUACUCCAAUCAAGAGUGUCUUCAAAGUUCCCAACGAACAGUUCAGCGAUAACGCAAUGAAAUUCACUACCAGACACACGACGUGCGGAGUGUUGAGUUACGUCGAUGGGAAUUCGGCAGAGUUGAUCGGGUAUCUACCGCAGGACAUCCUGGGACGCUCGGUAAUGGAGUUCUAUCACCCAGAGGACAUGACCAUUUUGAAAAACGUUUACGAGACAGUUAUGGUGAAAGGACAGACGGCUGGAGCAUCGUUCGUCAGUCAACCAUAUCGCUUUUUGAUCAACAAUGGAUGUUUUAUAGUGUUGCAAACGGAAUGGACCAGUUUCGUUAACCCGUGGUCCAGAGAGCUUGAGUUUGUAAUAGGACAUCACCAGAUAUUGGAAGGACCCGUGAUUCCGGAUGUGUUUGCUUCGAAUGAAAACUCGCGCACAUUUUCCAAUGAGCUAAUGGCAUCCGCGAAAAGGAUGGAGGAACAUAUUCUGCGUAUUCUGAAGGAACCGGUAGCAAAGCCCUCGGAUAAGGUUAAACAGGAGGUCUCCAAACGAUGCAAAGCAUUGGCGUCAUUCAUGGAAGACCUAAUAGAGGAAGUGACACAGCCGGAAUUGAAACUGAACCUUUUGAACGAAUCGGAUUUUACCUUCUCCGAGCGAGAUUCGGUUAUGCUUGGAAAAGUAUCCCCCCAUCAUGAUUAUUUCGAUAGUAAAAGCUCUUCGGAGACCCCGCCCAGUUACAAUCAACUCAAUUACGAUGAUAAUCUACAACGAUUUUUCAACAGUCAUCCAGUGAAUAAUAUAGAAGAAUCGAUCAAGAUGGACUCCUCGGGAGGUGCACAUACCGACACGGUGGAUGGCCGAACGAAUGUGAGUCCCAACCAGCGAUUCAGUGGUGGCAGUGGCGAAGGAAGCAACGACAGUGCAGGAAAUUUCAGCUCGGAAAGCAAUGGCCAACUUCACAGCAGCACGGAUGCCUCCUCCGGCAGUAUGCUUCCAUCAUCGUUAACCGAAGAAAUACUCUGUCAGCACAACGAAGAUAUGCAGAAGGUGAUGCUGAAGCGUCAUCGUGAGGCAAGAACAUUAGCACGUAGCACAGAGAAGAACAAAAAAGGACCUCCGGAGAAAGCGCAAGUCUGUGCCCACGGUGUAAAAAGAGGAUCAUCUCAUUCCUGGGAAGGAGAUAUCCAAAAAACGGUUAGACAUCAGCACAAGCAGACUGUUGCUUCGAACAUGAAGAAUCAACCCCUACACGCAGUAACACCCUCGAAUCCAACACCAAUAUCAUCAGCCGUUGUCACAAUGCCGUCAAGGACAGUCAUAACAACUGCGGCCUCUUCGGCUGCACCCCAAGGUUCAACCUUGCCGUACAGUUUGCCCCGAAACAGCGACUUGUGGGCUCCCUUUUCAGUCAGUGUUGCGUCGAUUCAGACCACUCAGAACAGUGCAUCGGUUAGCUUUGUUCCGUCGCACAGCAUAUUCCCUACCCUGUACUACAUUACGGCCGCUCCCCAGCCUGCGCCACGGCCUUCCGGCGCUGAGAUGCCUAGGAUAAAUCCUAUAUCGGUUCCCUACAUGAACGAUAUGAUGUAUCCUCAUCCGAUGCAACUCUACCAGCAAUCGGUGAUCUACCCGCCAAUGAUGUAUCACACUAUACCGUACCAACCGGUUCCACCACCUUGCGGAUUGGUCGCCGAACAAAGAGCCUCUCUACCCCAACAACCAUCAGCAACAGGAUCUCCCAAUCACGGUACAAAUAGUGCCAAAACAACAACUCAACAGUUUUCUAUCGACCCAAGUGGAAAGCCUGACUCGAUGGCAGCUAGCAGCAGCAAGCAAAACAAUCGGAACCUCGAUACCAAGUACUCGAAGUACGUGUUCGGCAACUCACCGGCCAUCUGCAACGUGGACGGCAACUUCCACCUGGAGAACGUUGAACAACUACGACGAAGUGUCAGCAGCAAUGGGUUAAAAACACCCGCCACCCACAGACAGCUCAGCGACGAUAUGGACGAAUCAAGCUUCUCCAGUAUGUAUUCAAGUUUCCUGAAAACGGACAAUUCAUCUGAGACGAACGGAUUGGACAAGAAAAGUUCGAGUGAGAUGCUCUGGGACAGCGUUCCGAGUCGCGUCGUUGGGCCAACGAAACGGAGACCCGAUCCACCCUGGUUGGAGGACGUCUGCCAGUCGAAGGACCUCGUCUAUCGGUACCAAAUCGACGAGCGACCGGUUAAGGACGUACUGGACGCUGAUUUGCGAGCACUCAGGGAUCUCAACCAGCCAAUUCUGGUGAACGAUCAGCUUGGCCAGUUAUAUCUGGAUCUGGAGCUGGAAGGACUCUCCGUCAAACUGUCGCUCAGUGAAACCACUUCCGGCAGCAGCAGCGAUGAUUGCGACACGCAGAACAAACGGAUCGUAGCCAAACGAAAGAUGAAAUACAGCAAGCUUGUGAUGAUCUACGAGGAGAACGCUCCGUUUCCCCCACCCACCAUUAGACCUUGAAAAAUGGGCGAGCCUUUCCUAACAACCUAGAAAUAGUAGCAGUAUUAUUUUUGUAACCGCGUCAGUCGACUUGACACAUGUAUUCAAAGUAAACUGCGCAAUCGCAUAUUCAUUGGAGCCCGAACAGAAUAUAUUAUCCUAGUUUAGGUUUUACUUCUAGCUGUAAACUUACAUUUGCAUGUUAAACACUUGUUGGUUACUUUUCAAAACAAUUGAAUCGAUCUAUACCUUUUACAGUUACGAUACAGAUAGUAUCCCAGUUUCAACCCUUUUUUACUAGGCUGACUCCUAGGAAAUAUUUUAUAGGACUGAUAAAUACAAAAACAAAACAAAUGCAAAAAGAUAAUGACUAUUUAAAAAAAAAGAUUCAACUGACGAACACUGUCAUAGACAAUGGGUUCGAUGAUGGCAAUUUCGGUCACGGGUUACUUUAAAACACGUUUUAAAGUAACCCGUGACCCGUGACCGAAAUUGCCAUCAUCGAACCCAUUAACUAUUUAUUGGUCAAACAACGCUUAACUGUCAUAGACUUUCGAUAAUAGCUUUACUCAGCAAAGCUCUCGUCAUAACAUUGUAACUGUGUAUGUAUGUGUUUUAUACGCUAACGAUAGAUAUUUUAAGAAGAAUUUUAUAACAAAAGCAGCUAUUCAAAAUAAAUGU